ACACAAACUUUGUCUAUGACAACUUGACAAUCAUGGCGAGCACGUCGAGAAUUGAAGCGAAUAAAGUGGUGUGCUAUGCUCAUCCCGACGCCCCACUUAUUGAGGACUACAGGGCAGGGGACAUGAUAUGUUCGGAAUGCGGUCUUGUAGUUGGUGACAGAGUUAUAGAUGUUGGGUCAGAGUGGCGUACGUUCAGCAAUGAGAAAUCAGGCGUGGACCCUUCCCGUGUUGGUGGGCCGGAAAACCCCCUAUUGUCUGGAGGUGACCUGUCCACCAUCAUUGGGCCCGGCAGAGGUGACGCUUCAUUCGACAGCUUCGGAGUCUCCAAGUACCAGAACCGAAGGAACAUCAGCAGCACCGACAGAGCCCUCAUCAACGCCUUCAGGGAGAUAAACACAAUGGCAGACAGGAUAAACUUACCCAAAACUAUUGUAGACAGGGCUAACAAUUUGUUCAAACAGGUGCAUGAUGGCAAAAACUUGAAGGGAAGAGCGAAUGAUGCCAUCGCAUCUGCCUGUCUGUACAUAGCUUGUCGACAGGAAGGAGUGCCUCGUACGUUCAAAGAAAUCUGCGCUGUCAGCAAAAUAAGCAAGAAAGAGAUAGGCAGAUGUUUCAAGCUCAUCCUCAAGGCUCUGGAGACCUCGGUGGAUCUGAUUACAACUGCUGAUUUCAUGUCCCGGUUCUGUUCAAACCUGGGCCUGCCCAAUUCGGUACAAAAGGCAGCCACGCAUAUCGCAAGGAAAGCUGGGGAGCUGGAUAUUGUGUCUGGACGCAGCCCUAUCUCGGUCGCAGCAGCUGCUAUCUACAUGGCUUCACAGGCAUCGGAAGACAAACGAAGCCAGAAAGAGAUCGGUGACAUCGCUGGAGUAGCAGAUGUGACCAUCCGGCAGUCUUACAAACUAAUGUAUCCGUUUGCUGCCAAACUGUUCCCCGAUGACUUCAAGUUCGCAACUCCCAUCGAGUUCCUCCCGCAGAUGUGAGAGAGAGAGCCGAAUAGUAAUUGUACAGACACGUUUUACAUUCUGACACAUUUCAGCAUUCUUUUGAAAGGUAACUUUUCACAAAUAUAUUUAGCAAGAAGGAAAACAAACUACAAUGUUAUUAACUUUGCAAGAUUAGUGUAUGAUGUUAACGCUGUGAAAAUAACAAUGAACAUGAAAAUAAUUAUUACACAGUUUACUUAACUCACUCAGUAGUUAACUCACAAAACAAAAUGAUAUAUUUUAUUACUAGGCAGUGAAUUAUUGCACUAAUUGCUGUUUUCUUUUAAAUCAUUUUCUGUCAUUUAUUUUUUAUUGCACUUGAUCCGUUGGUCUCAUUCUUUUACCUGCUCUUUCAUUAUUUUGUAUUGAAAAAUAUAAAACACGAUAAUUUUUUUUAGAAGAUUAGUAUUCUUCAUCUAAUGCAAGUUACCUUAGUAUGAAUUACUAUUAUCUUAUUUUUCUUUUUGAUGUUUAUGAGAGGUUAUUUAAAAUAUUUAAAUAAUAAAUAAAUUUGCACUUGUAUUUCAAGAACAAAGUAAUUUUAGUACUUUGGAGAGGUCCUUAGGAUGUAAAAAUAUUUCUAAGGAUCUUUAUUUUCGGUUUAAGCUAAGCACUUAUUGUAAAGCAUUACGAUUGGCAUAACUAAAUUAUUUGUAUUACACUUUUAGGUAGCAAAAUAUGUAGCAAUAAGUUCAGCUAAAAAUUUGUAGUCCGUUUCAUUUACUAAGGAAGGAAAAAGAUGUCCCUAAUUAAAGAGGCAAGGAACAUAAGGUUACAAUUGCGAUAUUUUUCCAUUACCAAGUUUAAGACAAGACUUAAAAUGUAACACCAGCGUCUGGCAUACGGAUAAAUGCAAAAAUAACUAAAUAAAUAAAACUUUAUUGUCACCGAACAGAAAAAUAAACACAUACAUAAACUCUAUGCUUAUGCACAGGCUGGGCAGACUCGAACCGCUUACCACCGUGGCAUACACAGGCCUGCAAUUUUGUUCGUCACCGUCCCUAUUGCCAUACAAAAUUUUACAUCUCAUAAAAAGUAUAAAACGUCAAAUUUAUGCCGCUUGUAUGCCAGAAGCUUAAAUCUGAAAAUAAUGUUGGGUUCCUACACAAUAAAACUACAUGUAUUCAUUAAUAAUUACAUAUAAUAUUGUUGUUGAAACACAUGUAUUACUUACGAUUCUCUGAAUUGCAUAGAUGUAAGAUUUUCUUGUGCAUCCAACCGCCGUUGGAUAUGUGAUGUAUAAAUAAUAUCUUGUUUGUUGUUAAGGUGGUAUGUAAUUUAUAAUGUUAUAAAACGAAAACCGAAAAAAAUACUUAGGAUAGCGCUAGUUGUAGAUGAAAGCAUGUUGCCAGUACUGAAAGGGUAAUGUUUGAUGGUACCAAAAUAAAAUAAUAAAACUGACUGUAAUCAAAGAUGCCUUAAACCAAUAGCUUUGUUAAAGAUGCAGCAAAUGUGACCAUAUUGCUUGUAUGUAGUCAUUGAUCUAUUUAUACUUAUAACAGUUGACUCUUAGACCUAUUCUCUGAAAGUAGUAAUAGUCAUAAAUGAUUAUUGCAUCAUGUAUUUUUAUUGUAGUAUUUUUCAAUUAGCACAUUAUCAAGCAAUGUGCAGCAUGGCAACACUAAGAUUACUGGUACCGAGUAACGUAUGUGUUGCCCUUAUUAUAUUCACGACGUUGUAACUUUUUACUAUGUAUUAAAUAUUAUAGAUCCAUGGCUAGAUAAAGCAUUGUUGUUACAAUUUUAGUGAAAUAGAAAAGAGAGAUAGCCAAUGAUAUUAAAGAACUAUAGAUAUGUUACGUUCAUAGAAAUUACGAUUUGAAUCCGUGCCGAGCUAUUCCAAAUUGCACACAUUGACAAAUGUUACUGAUAAGUGAAACAAAAGAUACGAAAUAGCACGCAAAUGAAAGAGAUAGCUAUAGUUUUAACGAUUCUGCACUAACUAAUCUAUGUCCGCAGCGCACGCAUCCUUAUCGCUCUAACGUCAAAACAAGAUCGCUUUCUCUUUCUUAACUUGAACAUGGCGCAUGGCGUCUUGAUUGUUUGCAUAAAUAAUUGAAAAUAUAAAUACUAAAUAAUUUUGCAUAAUCACAUGUGGUAAGAGAUCCCUUGUAUUUUGUUUACUUUAGAGUCAUAAUUGGUACACUUUCGAAACACACACGAUGGCAUUUUUUAUUUAUUUUGGUAAGAACAGGAACUUACGGUGUGGUACGCACGCGAUUGCGCACGACGCAGGCCACAUGAAGACUAAACACAAGACGUCCCAAUUGGGACGUAUUUGAGUAUUCACAGCGCGAGCGCUUAUAACAUAUCUGCUUUUGUUUUUAUAUAAUAUCAUUGGAGAUAGCAGAUAAAUAUACAAAACUUUUGUUGACUUUUCUAUCAGUUUUUGGUACAGAGUUUAAAUAUUGAGAAUAAUCUCAUAUCGCACUGGUCUCAAUUUAGGAUUAAUAGUAGAAAACUAGCUUUUCUUUAAUAAAAAAUAAUUAUCCCUUAAAAUAAAUCGACCUGUAAUGUCUUUGUGUUAAUAUCGGGCUUGUGUUGCCUUUUGAAAAAAAGUCGAUUUAUUUUAUUUUUUCGGGUUACUAAAGGAGUUUUCUAUCCAACAUUUUAUAACAAAUGUUUGGUCAAAAAAAAAAUUAUCCAGAAGAACAAAACAGAUCGAUCACACUUUUUAUUUUACUUUUUCCACAAAUGAUACACAAAAAAAUAAUGUGUUGGCACCUUAAAAAUUCAAUUAUCUUUGGGUUUUCUACAUGACCGGGCAUUAUCGUGUGAUUUGACAAAGUGGAAGACGACAACGUUCUUGUAACGCACAUCUUUUGUGUUGUUCAAAGAUUGCUUUGUUAAUUGAAGUCCAUUAUCCACCCACUCGUUAUUUACACGUAUCGGACCUUACAUAUCUACAAAAGUAAAGUUCAUCAUUAAAAUGUUUGUUUAGAAAUCUCCUACCACUAGAAAACGACUAAAGCAUUUCUAUUACGUGCUUUACAUAACAGACUGUACUCUGUAUUAAUAUGUUACUGUGGAUGUGUAUUGUAAUUAGGUUUAAUUUAGUUGUAUGAAUAACGCCACAAAAUAAAUAAAUUUAUAUUUAAGAGAA